AAUUGAUGUUAAAGAAGAUGGAAUAAGGAGAAAAAUUUGAUUUCUUUCUCAAAAGAAUAAUGAUUUCUCUCGCUAGAUGGAGUGCGUGCAAAUCUUGCAGACGAUAUUAUUAUACUCGUACUCGGUGAGUGGCUUGACUCUUGAGCCGCGUACAGUAAAACAAAUAAAUAGAUUGGUUUGGUUUAAUUUUUUUAAAUUUUAGGUGUGUUGAUUAAUUGACAUACUAGAGAAUGACUUACAAACUAAUGUCCUCAAUUGUGAGGAAUAUAUUUCAUUCUCGGUCACUAGUUUCCUCUCGAAUGACGUGUUGUGUCUUCGUCAAUCGUCAACCUAGUUGCUUACCAACAUUAGAACCCUUUCAAUUGAUCGAAAACUCAGUGAAAUCCGUUCAUUGCAGAUCGUUGCAUACUACGACAAGCAAUCGGCUGGAAAACAGAAAUCAGAAGUUAGCCACACAACUGCCUUGUCUGAUGAAUAAUGCACCUCACAUUGUUUGGCCAAGCAUAUUUAAGGGCAUCAGCGGUAUGUUGCAGAUCGGUUGGAUUGUCAAACCUUAUUUUGAUAAUGAAUUUACUGUGGAUGACUUUCUUCGAGGAGCCAAACAGGCUAUCUUUAUCAUUGCCAAUGCCAUCUCAGUGGGAGAUCUUGAGAGUGUAAAAGAAAUUUUGGAAGAAGAAGCUUACAACGAAAUUAAGGAAAACAUGAAAAGGUGUAGCAGUGAACAGUUGGCUCAAUUUGCUUUAUCAACUCUAGAAGAUGUGUACAUGACAUUUCCAUAUCAAGUUGGAAUUAUCAUGAAUGAUAAUAAAGAAGGUGUUCAAGAACGAUUCGUAGAAAUUACAGUUUGCUCUCACAUUUUCAAAGGACUCAGUGAACUGCUUAAAAACUCGGACUUCCAACGUGGACCUCCAACGAGCACUUUUCAAAAGCACCGCGAUAAAAUCGUCAUCUGUAAUUACCGAUUCAUACGGGAGUUUACCAAAGGUGUUGAAGGCCAAUGGAUAGUCAAUGUGGUGCAUCACUUCAAUAUGGCAGAUGACAGCUAGUCUAUAGCUUGCGUAUAUUACAUCAUUUUUCAAAUAUUUUUCUUUAUUUCUUAAAUAUUCGUUUAAUACAUUGCAGAUUGUAGUCCAAAACUUGUAGGUAUUCAAGUCAA